AUGGCCUCCGCCGCGACCUCGUCGUCGCGGCCAGGCCCAGUCGGCGCCGCCGCUGUCUCCACCCCGAGUCCUCGUCCUGCCGGCAGCGGUCCUUCGCGAGCGCCGCCCUCGCGCAGCAGCGUCACCGACCCCGUCCUCCGAAACACCCUGCGAUACACCAUCUCCGCGAAGGAGUAUGCCACCCUGCACAAGUACGUCCUCUCGCGGUCGCGCAUCCUCAAGAGGGCUGCGCCGAGCGUGAGCGCCGUCGAGCGCAUCGUUGAAGGGGAGAAGCCGAAGCAGAAUGCCGGACCGGGUGCUGGAGGACGGACGGUGGACGAUUACAAUGCGCGCGCGGUGCGCCAUUCCUUGCGUGUGUUCAUCGGUACGGCGGUUGCGAUGAAGGGAUGGGCCUUGAUUUCCCAGAAGCUGUUGGGCGCGAAGCCAGAUCCUGCUGUGGCUGGCCAGAAACAACCACUACACAAGUCGCCGACGCUCCGCCUUUCGCUCUCUCUAUCUACCAUCCUCCUGCUCUACCGCAUCCUCUUCCGAUUCCUGGCACGUCUGCGUGCCCAUCUUCUCGACCCCACGGCCGCGCCCUUUCGCCAAAGAAACCCGCGUACAGCAGCGACCUUGACGUCUCCGUACGCCCCCGCCAUCGGUGCGUCGCUGGCCGGUGUAUUCUUGGGCGUCUACCCUUCCCAGCAGUUGCGCGUCACCAUCGCCAUCUACACGCUCUUCAGGGCGCUCGAGUUCGGAUGGAAUCUGUGUGAAGAGGAGGGCAUGAUCUGGGGCUUCAAGAACGGAGGCAAGGUCAAGCGGGAGAGACCAUGGUGGUGGGGCAGCUGGCUCAUUCAGCCGUUCGCCUUCGGACAGCUGCUCCAUGCUGUGGUGUUCGACCGGGACUGUUUCCCUGAGACAUACGGAAACUUCAUUUUCAAGAAUUCGACGGCGUACAUUCACCCCAGACCGGCGGAUUACCCGGCACACCUCAAGUGGCCCAAGGCCUAUGAGAUUGUGGACAACUUGGCUCAGAUGGCCAAGCUCAACUGGCCGCCAUACAUCUCACCAACUCUCUUCCCGAACAAGGAGACGCUCCCAGCGACCCUCAGCGCCGUUAAGCCCCUGACCUCAACCGCCCACCCCAUCAUCAACUCACUCUCCUGCGCGACGCUUCACCCCUCCGACCCGUCUUGCCUGCGAACUUAUCUCAACUUCUGGCUGGGCUCAUUUCCCGGCCUCACCCGCUUCUUCCUCAUCAUCUACUCCGCCGUUACCUUCCUCCCGCGCUUCCGCUCGCUGUACAACGCCCCCGUCACGACUCUCCAGCGGGUCCUCGCCAAGUCGCUGCGCAUGAGCACCUUCGUCACGGGGUCCAUUUCCACCGCCUGGGCCAGCAUCUGCUUCUUCCAGCAGUGGUUCCCGCGCACCUUCCUCCCCACGCAGAGGUUCUUCCUCGGUGGCUUCCUGGCUGGUCUGUGGGCCUGGGUCGAGAAGCGCAACGGACGUGGCGUGUUCCUAUACUCUGCCCGCGUUAGCGUUGACUCCCUGUGGAAGGUUGGCGUAAAGAGGAGGUGGUGGAGGGCGAUGAAGGGCGGCGAUGUGUGGGUGUUUGUCAUGGCGUUGAUGGUCACUGGUGUCGUCUACGAGAGGGACGCAAGGGCUGUGAAGGAGGGUAACUGGAGAAAGGGCAUCAGCUGGGUGCGUGGUGAGGGUUGGAGGGACUGGAGCAUCGAAGAGGAUACGGAGGCGGAGGAUGAGCAUAUUGAGAAGAUGGAGUAG